UCCGUGCGUCCGCCAUACUCGGUCAGUUACCAAACGGUACAUUGCUCCGUUGAGCUCAUUCACCUCCAAUAACUGCUUUUUUUAAACAAAUAACUACGUGAAAAGUGCGUAAAAACCCUCAGCAAUUGUUCAAGGCAUUUGAGGUUCCAUUUGUUGCCACGAUGGGAGACUCUGAUGACGAGUACGACAGGAAACGGAGAGAUAAGUUUAGAGGGGAAAGACCUGAAUCGUACUCCAGAGAGGGCAGGAGGGAUGACAGACGACGUGAUGAGUGGGCUGAAAGAGAAUGGUCCAGUAGAGCCAGAGCUCGUCCAGAUUACCGAGAAUAUCGUGGAGGGGGUGGAGGUGGCAGGGAGAGAUACAGUCCAGGCAGAUCUCAGGACAUGGCACCCCCGAUGAAACGUAUGCGAUCUGAUUGGGACGAUCGAGGCUCGAGGUACCCACACUCGGAUUAUUACGGCGGUGGUGGGGGAGGGGGAGGGGGCUCGUGGGGUCCAGACCACUAUCCCCCACAUCAUCAUGCCAAUCAUCACUAUGGCAACCACAACAACAGCGGCAGCAGCGCCAGUCGAGAGGUAGCUGGCAACUUCAGCAACUCAAACGUUGAAACCCAGCCCCCAAUGAUGACGUUCAAAGCCUUCCUGGUAACCCAGGAGGACACGAUAACCGACGAGGAGGCGAUAAAACGUUACAACGAGUACAAACUCGAGUUCCGUCGUCAGCAGCUGAACGAGUUCUUCGUGGCCCACAAGGACGAGGAGUGGUUCAAGAUUAAAUAUCACCCUGAAGAGUCGAUUAAGAGAAAGGAUGAACAGAUUUCAGCGUUGAAGAAACGUGUGGAAGUUUUUUUGGAACUUUUAAACUCAGGACAAAUCGAGAAAGUUUCAGUAGACUCUGAUCAGUCGGAUGCGUUGCUGCAUUUGUUGGAUUCAGUUGUUAUUAAGCUUGAGGGGGGAACUGAGGAGGACUUGAAGAUUCUAGACUCGAAGCCUCAGGUUCCAGUGAUGAAAGAGCUCGUGAGGAGAGAGAAGGAGAAGGAGAAGGAAAAGGAAAAGGAAAAGGAGAAAGAGCAGGAGAAGGAGAAAGACAAAGAGGAGGAAAAGGCGGAGAAGGAGGAGGACAAGGAGAAAGAGAAGGUUGAGGAGAAGAAGAAGGAUGAGGAGGAGAAGGAGGAGGACGAGGAGGAGGAGGAGAAAAUGGAGACGAGUGAGGAUAAAGAGGACAGCGAAGAGAAGCCCUCAGAGGCAAUGGACCAAGAGACUCCAGUUUCAGACGAGCAGAACGGAGACAUUGAGAUGAAGCCUCCCUCGGAGCCAGUAGCCCCAGAAGAUGCGCCAAAGCCGACACCGGAUCCUUCAGAGGAGACCUUCAACCUCCCUGAGGAAGCACCCUCCGAGCCCUCUGAGCUCCCAAACCCCAAAAAACGCAAAAGAACCGAUUCGAACUCCAGUUCCUCGUGGUCCUCCACCAGUUCCUCCUCAGACAGCGAGAAACCAGAGACACCAAAAGAGUCCGCAAAACCCGAAACCGAGGAGACGGUCGAGGCCCCAGAAGAGGCCUCCAAAACGGCUGAAGAAGCACCCAAACCUGAAAAGCCAGAACAAGAGCAAACAGGAGAAACUGAAGAGGCCCAGCAGAAGGAGGAGUCACCCCCUUCCCCAAAGAAGAAGGACCCUGAACCGGAAGCUGUGAUCGACCUAGCCUCCGAGGACAAGGAGAAGGAACCCAGAGCCCUCCACAAGACCAGCAGCAUUUUCCUCAGGAAUCUAGCACCCACGAUAACGAAAGCUGAGGUGGAAGCCAUGUGCAAACGCUUUCCAGGCUUCCUCAGGGUGGCUAUUGCUGACCCUCAACCUGAACGUCGAUGGUUUCGGAGGGGUUGGGUAUCCUUUGAACGUCAGGUGAAUAUCAAGGAGAUCUGCUGGAGUCUCAACAACAUCAGACUCCGUGACUGCGAGCUGGGAGCUAUUGUUAAUCGAGACCUGAUCAGACGAAUCAGAACAGCGAAUGGAAUAACAGCUCACAAGCAGGUGGUUCGUUACGACAUAAAACUGUCAGCAAAGAUUGUUCAUAAUCUUGACACGAGGCUGGGUCUGUGGAGUGACGAUAAGAAGGAGGAGAGUGAGAAGGAGGGGAGGAAUGAUAUGGAGCAAGCUGCCUUUGGACUGUCCUCGAAGAAUCCAGUUCUGAAAAACAUCACGGAUUACCUGAUUGAGGAGGCCUCUGCUGAGGAAGAGGAGCUCCUGGGGAUGUCUGGGGAACAGGAGGAGGGACAGCUGGGGGACGGAGAGGGCCCCAUCGAACGAGAUCCCACUCUGAUUAUGGUUCUCGAUCGAUUGAUCCUCUAUUUGAGGAUCGUUCACUCGGUGGAUUAUUACAAUCACUGCGAGUAUCCUAAUGAGGACGAGAUGCCCAACAGGUGUGGAAUUAUGCACGUAAGAGGGCCUCCACCAGCUGCCAAAGUCUCCUCUUCAGAAUUGAGUGAAUACAGUAGAAAUUUUGAGGGAAAAAUGUCGGCAUUUCUCGCCCCCGUGGCUACAGUACCCUCUGAAGAAUUCGAGAAGCUUGGGGCUAAGGACGCCGAGGCUGAAAUCGAGAAGUUCGUCCAGGCGAACACUCAAGAAUUGUCCAAGGACAAGUGGCUGUGUCCACUCAGUGGGAAGAAGUUCAAGGGGCCUGACUUCAUAAGAAAGCACAUCUUCAAUAAGCAUGCGGAGAAGGUAGCUGAAGUGAAGGCCGAGGCUGAGUACUUCAAUAAUUAUCUCAAGGACCCCAAGAGACCGAUUUUACCGGAACAUCCUGGGAAUAAGGCGCCUGUUAGGGAGGCACCCAGAGAGAGCUUUCCCCAUUAUGGAGGGAUGGGAGGAUUCGGUGGAUUUGGCGGUGGAAACUUUGGAGGUUCACGAGGCGGUUUUGGGGGUGGCUAUGGCGGUGGUUUCGGUGGUGGAUUUGGAAUGCCACGUCCUAAUCGUGGUGGAUUCAACAGAGGACGGGCCGCUCCAGAAUCUACAUCGAGACCAAUUAUUAGUUAUAAUGACCUGGACCAUUUAGACGACGAUAUAUUCUAAUUUUUUCACAAGAGAGAAUUCCUGGAUCAUUUAAUUAACGAAUCGUUACGUAUAUUCGCUAUUAUGGAGGCACCAGUCACAAUUUCCAAACAUUUGAAUCAAGAAUCGUUUACUCGAUGAUUACUUCUUUGGUAAUUACAUGAAUUUAUUGUUUGUUUCCACUUUUACUAUUUAAUUAUUUGAUUUAAAGUGAUUUAUAAUGCUUUAAAACCAGUUGAGAUACUUGAAAUAGUGUGAGAACAGGUGCCUCGAUGGUAAAUACUUACGUACAAGAGAUAAAAUCAAAUGAAAAAACAAUUGUAAAUACUUGAAACUGAAAUAUCAGGAAUAUCUUGAAAUUGACAAAACACUAUUGUAGAUUGGAUGACGAUAAAAUGAAAAUCAACAUAAAAGACCAUGAACUGUCGAGAUAAACAAGUAAAUGUAUUUGUUGUAAUGAAUUUGUCAAUUUAUUUUAUUAAAGGAUAAGAAAUGUCCCAUCCACUCCUAUUUCACCUGGAAAUUAACGAAAUAAUGACAUAAUAAAAUAAUUUAAACACUUA